AUGACAAUACCGGAAUCCCCACCCCCGCCAAUAAGAGUUGGAAUAAGCCUUCAAAAAGAUAUGCGUUUACUCCUAUCCAUAGGCUUGGUACCGUCGAAGCGCACAACAUAUGCAUAUUUUGAUGGUAUUGGAAACCGCAGAUUUCCAGGUUUGAAUAUAAAGGAUAUCCCUCUUGUCAUUGUUCGGAGUGUAGCACAGGGGGUCUCCAUUUGCAAGGGUAUGUUUGGUGUUCCCCGUGGGGCUAUCAGCCCUGAGGUUGAUCUCGAUAAUCUAACGACAAUAGAGAGACAACGGUAUUGGUUUUCGAAUUAUGGGAGCCCAAUCCGCCUGUUUCGCUACAAUGGGAAGUUGGACUUCUACCACAGCGGUAAACGUCCACACCAUUCAGCCGGAGCGCGUGAUAUGGAGGUGCAACGUGCUCGAUUUCCUGUGGAUGCCUCGCAUGAUCCCGUUCAAGCUUCACAAUUCCCUUUUCCUCGUGAACCAGUAGAGGAGAGGGGAGGGGAGGCGAGGGGAGGCGAGGGGAAUCUCAAAUUCUUGUUAAGGUCACACUGA